UAUACCUGCCUGACAGUAGAUACACGGCGCUUCGUAAGCGUCGUGGCUGUUCAGCGUUAUCGCGGUUAAUAGCUGAUCGUGAGAAAUAAUAAAACGCCCUGCCGGCUCCGUUAUACGCCGGAACAAUAGACUACCGGAGACAGGCCUCGUCGUCGGGCAGUUUCACCCGAAUAGUCCAACUCCUCGCACCGUCUCUCGCACCUCCAGCGAUGACGCCCCCGAUCACCUGGAGCCUUGGGCUAUCCGGGAUACGCGACGUUGCUACCAAAGCCAUCCGCGUCGUCCUCCUCGGGCAGCCUGGCGUCGGAAAGACGGCUCUGGCGGUAAGAUUCGCAACGCGCCGAUUCAUCGGAGAGUAUGACUGCACCACGGAGAGGAUCUACAAGUUUACAGACGCGGCAACUGGGUCGUGGGAAAUCGCCGAUCCCUCAGGAUAUCCGCCAGCACCUACAGAGCCAAAACUGCGAUGGGCAGACGCGAUACUGAUCGUCUACUCAAUCAGCGAUCGCGUCAGUUUUGACGAGACUUCACGGCUGAGAUUUUUGGUAACACAUGCGAGACGGGGGCGGAAGGUUCCGCCGGUGGUGUUGCUUGUCGGGAACAAAUCGGAUCUGGCCGCUUCUCCAGGUGAGAGGAUGGUGUCCGCCUGGGAGGGUCGUCGUCGUGCGGACGACAUCGAGGCCCACGGUUUCUACGAGAUAUCGACGAGGGAGUCCGUCGACCAGGUCACAGUCAUGUUCUCCGACGUCUCGAGGCUCGUCGCAGAGGCUGCAGCCGGCGGGUCUGUCCAGGCAAAUCCUUUCCGGGUUAGAGCUUCCACUGACGGGUCCAUUAACGCCCUCAGAAGACCUCCAGCACCGCCGACAGGACGGAGGCUUAGCAUCUCUGCACGCGGUGCACCCCCGUAGCAUAUUUUUCUGCAGAUACUCAAAAAUUGCGAAUCUUCAUCAUGUUUUU